GUAGCGUGAAUGCCCUAGUCAGCAGCAGAGAAGCAAAUGUCUGUGUCAUGAUACAAUCUCAGAGUAGUGCCUUUAAACUCAAUGAUGCGGCGUUACCUCCGUGCACUUUUGUUGUGCAUGGUGUUUGCCGUGUUCUCGGGAUUUUAUUUCUACUCUAAGCUGUUUUACUCGGACUCUUUGGAGAGAGGUGUCGGGACUAAGCGGAUUUUCGUUCCUCCAAGAGAACCUGGAGCUAGACAAGGGGCCGCAGACAAAACUGGAACUGGGACCCAAACGCACUGGUACAAUAGGUAUAUAAUGCGACAGCAGAGCCAUGCUGAGUCUACAGGGGAGCCUCCCAUGCAUCUUGCUGUGGUGGCCUGUGGAAGCAGACUGGAGGAGACUCUGACAAUGGUCAAAUCAGCUGUUCUCUUCAGCAUCAAACGACUGUGUGUGCACAUCUUUGCAGAAGAUCAGCUACAUGCCAGCUUUAUGGAGGCUCUGGAAUCCUGGCCUGACCUGGUUCGAACACGGUUCAAUUACACUCUCUACUCCAUCAGUUUUCCCAGUGAGAAUGCUGCUGAGUGGAAAAAGCUCUUUAAGCCCUGUGCUUCUCAGCGCCUCUUCCUUCCUCUGAUUUUAAAGGGGGUGGACUCAGUGGUGUAUGUGGAUUCAGACAUCCUUUUCCUGCAGCCCAUGGACAGGCUGUGGUCAUUCCUGUCUCACUUUAACUCCACCCAGUUGGCAGCAAUGGCCCCAGAGCAUGAGGAGCCCCGCAUCGCCUGGUACAACCGCUUCGCCCGCCACCCCUACUACGGGCGCACAGGGAUCAACUCCGGGGUGAUGCUAAUGAACAUGACCAGGAUGAGGAACACUUUUUUUAAGAAUGACAUGACUUCUGUGGGGCUGCGCUGGGAGGAGCUUCUGAUGCCCCUUUUACAAAAAUAUAAACUGAACAUAACAUGGGGAGACCAGGAUCUGCUCAAUAUCAUCUUUCAUUACAAUCCUGAGUUCAUUCUGGAAUUCCCUUGUCAGUGGAACUACCGCCCUGACCACUGCAUCUAUGGCAGCAACUGUGCCUCGGCCGAAGAGGAAGGUGUUUAUAUUCUUCAUGGAAAUAGAGGAGUUUUCCAUGAUGGAAAGCAACCGGCUUUCAGAGCAGUCUAUGAGGCCAUACGAAAGUACUCGUUUGGCACAGACCCAGUGAGCGGUUUGCUGGAUCCACUCGAAGAGCAACUUUUGAAGACGACUCAUACUUACUGCGGUAAAUCUCACCCGCUUUUUACCAAGAGACUAGUGCACAGCAUGGCAAACAUCAACAACAUGGCAGUCGGAGGAUAAUGAUGAACUCCAAAUGAAAACACAAGCAGCUAAAAGGAUAUCAUUUGGCACUGCGGCGGGGUUAACAAGACUAAAGAGACUAAGGAAAAGGCUUCAUACCCAUUUUGAUUUAAAGACACCCUUGUCUGCCUGGGAUCUAGUACACACACUUCUUCAAUACUUUCUGAAGAUGUGAGUCUGGUCACCUGUGAAUUUCCCUGUUUUCAAAAGGAUGUGAUUGACAGGCAGAUUAGCCAAUCAGGCACAGAUAUGGUCCUUCUGUAAUUUAAUAAAGAAAAAAAAAAUCACAAAAGGCUGCAAAACAUGAUGGAGUGAAUGAGUGAAGCACUAAACUCUGUUAAUCUGAUGUGAGAUAAAUUAGAUUUUAUUGGUAGAUCAUAGGUGACCAAUGAGCUCCUUAGUUUCACAUGUGUCACUGAAAAAAACAAAUGUGAUUGUGUGAUCAUGUUUGACCGGGCUUGAGGAUGUGGGGACCAGAAUGAUAUCAAUCUGUAUAAUAAAAUAUAGAGAUACCAUUCUGGAUUUGCCAGGCAACCCUUUUUAAAUACAACAUAAUUUCAUUUUCCAUAUUUUUAUCCUGUAAUAUGGCCUUAUACAGGUUCUGAUAAAGGAUAUGACCAUUUUUAAAACUAUCCAGAAAAACUCUGACUUUGUCCUAUUCAUGUAAUUUCUUAAUAUUCAUUUUAGUGUCACUCUGGGUAUCAAUUUUACAUGUGACAAGCCCGUGGUUUAACACUGGAACUAAAACUAUGUAUUUUUAAGAUCUCAGUUUAAAUGUAUGCCUCACAAUAGUAGGUCUAUGAUUUGUUUUUUCUCCUCUUCCCUUCCUUUGUGCUGACUAUUGAACUAUAGUUUGUAGUUGAUAUUGUUUUGGAAGAGUAUAUUUUGUCUUUCCAUAUUGGAGAAUUGUACAUUGUAUUUUCUGUAUUUUUUUAUGUUUGAAAUGCUCUUUUUUGUUAAGAGAAAAACAUAAAACUGGAAAUAGUUUCUUUCUGCACUGCAGGGUAUGAAAAAGUAUGCACUGAUCCAUGUUCAUUACCCGAUCAUAGCCAUUUCAAACUGGAUUCAAGUAAAAUGUCUGUAUAUUAUUGUCUAUACAAGUUUUCUAUUGUACUUUUAUGUCUUUGCUGAUGGUUUGAUAUUAGAAAAUGCAGAAAACUCCAGACAAAUGUGAAUAACCUUCAUAUUCUGAUGCCAAAGUCAAUUUCACUUUUUGCACUGCUUUUACCACUGUUUAAGGUGUCACAACUGUAAGCUAAUAUCUCUGUGAUUCUAUUACAAGGGUAUCCUUUGAAGCAAUUCAUUUUGUAAAAAUGAUUUUUACACUAUUUUUAUAUUAAAAUUUGCUUUUUAUCU